AUGUCUGAUGCUACUGACUCAAAGAUAAGUAGCAAUGAGUAUGCGUUUCCUAGAGGAGGAGCUACCGGUUUGACUCCAUUAGAGGUGAAGGAGAUUUCCAAUGAAGCAACCAAGGAUGUGCUAUUUGAAGUAGCUAGUGCAAACAAAAGGACCAGUAAAGCAACUGAUUCAAACACUCCCAGAAAGAAGCAACGAACCAGUAAAAAGCAAGGACCAAAAUCGAAACAAUCAAAAGAAGAAGAUGAGACUGAGGACGAGAAGAAGGUUCCGAUUGAAUACUUGUCAUUUAAGAAUCUUGCACCAGGAUCGUUUGCUUUUGGACAAAUUCAGGCAAUCUACAAGUUGGACAUUGUGUUGGCUUUGGAAAACAAUUUGGUUGGAUAUGUACCCAUUACUUCCAUCAGUUCACACAUUACUGAACUUAUCAACAAGUACGAGGAGGAAAGCGAAGAGGAGGAGGAGGAGGAGGAAGAAGAAGAACAAGACGAAGAUGAUGGUGAGGAAGAAGGCGGUGCUUUGAUAAGUUCAAAGCCUACAAGAGAAUUUCCCGACUUGAAAGCUAUCUUCAACAUUGGGUCAUGGUUGAAGGCAAAAGUCGUGGGGACCGAGAUUGGUAAUAAAAAGAGAAUAGAAAUGAGCAUUGAACCCGAGUUGGUCAAUGCUAACCUCGAGAAGGAGGACUUAGUCCCAGGAAAUAUCUUGCUGUGCUCGGUGAAGUCCGUUGAAGACCAUGGGUUGAUAUUGGAGUGUGGCAUCGACGGCCUCUCAGCUUUUGUUUCAAACAAGGAGUUAAAGAAUGCCGGUUUAGAUCCGAACGACUUCAAUCAAGGGUCAGUUCUUACUACAGUUAUCAUAUCCAAGCCUUCAGGAAGAACUAUUACUGUCAAACCAGCUGUUGCGUCUACUUCCAAAAAGCUCACUUCCAUAACUACAAUUUCGUCUGUUGACGCCAUACAAGUUGGUGCUACUGUGGACGCUCUAGUGAGUGAAGUCACAGAAUCUGGUAUCACUGCAAGGGUAUUUGGACUUGUGGAUGGUACUAUAAAUUUAUCUGAUUUGCAAGUUUUCAGUGUGGAAGAAUUGAAGCACAAAUUUGCUAUUGGAAGCAACGUCAAAGCUAGAAUCAUGGCGAUUUUACAAAAGGGUGGUGUUCGUAAGUUGGUGCUUUCGUUGAUUUCACAUACAUUGAAGAUGGAGGGUGGUGAUGCCAAAGGCGAAGCUCUCGAGGCUUUCCCCGUGGGACACAUUUUUGACAUUGCAGAGGUACUUGGCUCCGAUCGAGAAUAUAUAUACGUCAAGCUCGGACUUUCAAUUUUUGGUCAAGUUCACAACUCCAACAUAGAUGAGACAAAGACAUUGAUUGAUUACAGUGUUUCUAGUAAACACAAAGCCAGAGUCAUUGCAUACAACAUGGUUGACAAUUUGUAUGUCUUAACCUUUAAGCCUUCCACAAUUGAAGCACCAUAUUUGAGUGUCAGAGACAUACCAAUCGGAACUAUUUUACCCGGUUGUGUCAUUACUGAGGUUUUACCCGGCUCGGGUGGAAUUCAAGUCAAGUUUCUUGAUGAUUUUCAAGGAUUCAUUCCACCGAACCAUAUGUCAGAUAUUAAAUUAGUGUAUCCAGAGAGAAAAUUCAGAGUUGGCUCCAAAGUUAAAGGUAGACUUUUAGCACAAAAGGGAAAGACGCCAUUGAUAACAGUGAGAAAAUCCUUAGUGAAUUUAGACGGCGAGGAUAUUCUUUCCAAUUUCGAUAACGCAAAAAUUGGCUUGAGAACGAAUGCCACAGUGGAAAAGUUUGUUCACGGAGGUGUUAUAGUUUCAUUUUUUGGAACACUUCGGGCUUUUUUACCCAAAAAUGAGAUUUCAGAGACUUUUGUCGAUGAUGCUUCCAAGUACUUGAAGCUUGGACAAGUGGUAAAUGUCAAGAUAUUAGACAUUAACAAUGACGAGCGACGUUUGGUGGUGACAUUGAAGCAAUCGAGCCAGUUGUCCACGUCACAAAAGUCUGAGAUUUCUAGUUUGAUACCUGGUAUUUCCAUUGUUGAAGCUGUUGUUGUUGAAAAGAAGAAUGACUCGGUAUUGAUUGAGUUAGUGGGCUCAAAUCUUAGAGGAGUGGUUCAUGAUGGCCAGCUUAGUGAUGGAAACUAUGAACAAAAUAGGGCCCUUUUCAAGAAACUUGAAGUAAGUUCGCAAGUAGAAGUUUUAAUUUUGGAAAAGGAUUUGAAAGCCAGAACUGUUAUCGCAACCGCUAAAAAGUCGCUUAUUGAGGCAUCCAAGAAGAAGCAAUUGCCCGCCGAUUUCGAUGAUGUUCAAGCCAAUAAAAUCAUCAAGGGUUACGUCAAGUCGGUUACAAAUCUAGGGUUGUUUGUAACUUUCACUGGAAGGUUGACAGGGUUGAUCUUGGCCAAAUAUGUUUCCAAGAAUGCGCAUGAAGAUUUGUCAAAAAGGUUUUACAAGUACCAAUCUUUGACAUGUCGUGUUUUGAGUGUAGAUGCCGAGAAUAGAAGGUUUUUGCUAACUAUUGCUGAUACCAAAGACACCAUAGGAGACAGCUUGACCAACCCGGUUGAUUCGACGAAAAAGACAAUCGAGGACUAUGCACCGGGCUCUACUACUAGAGCCAUUAUCAAAUCGGUUAAGGGUACCCAGUUGAAUGUGAAAUUAGCGGAUAACUUGAAUGGGCGUGUUGAUGUGACUCAAUGUUUCAAGUCGAUAAAGGACAUCAAGAAUUCAUCACAGCCAUUAUCGUCCGGAUUCAACAAGGGCGAUGUGCUUGACGUCAAGGUCAUCGGUGUUCAUGAUGCCAAAAACCAUACCUUUUUACCAAUCACCCACAAUAAAGUCAACAAGCAAACCGUUAUAGAAUUGUCUUUGCAAGAUGCGCAAGUUCACAAAAAGCAUUUGAGUGAAUUGAAGCUUGCUGAUGUGAAAAAGGGAGAUGAAUUGGUUGCAUUUGUCAACAAUAUUGAUCGUGGGUUUGUUUGGGUUUCUAUAACUCCAUCCAUCAAGGGUCGUGUAUCAUUUAUGGACUUGUCUGAUGAUGGUUCUAUUUUCCACAAUUUUGAAAACAGAUACCCAAUUGGUGCAGCAAUUCAAGUAAAAGUGAAAGAAGUUGAUAAUGAGCAUCACACAUUGGCUUUGGUAUCGAGGAAGAGAUUCAUUCAUAAAUUUGAUGACGUUGAAAAGGGCAAGACGUAUCCUGCACGUGUCAUCAAAGUCAAGGAUCUGUACGUGUUGGUAGAUCUUGGUGACAAGGUGAUUGCUUCAUCCUUUAUCACCGAUGCUUUAAAUGACUACUCGGACAAGUUAGAACAUGCUUUCCAUGUCAAUGAGUACGUGGGGGCCAAAGUGUUGGAUAUCGAUCAAGAUGAACAAAAGAUUUCUGUAAGUUUGAGGGAUGAAGCACACACGACUGAUAGAACAAUCAACUCAUUUGAGGAUUUGUCUAGAGGUAAUAUUGUUAAGGGCUUUGUCAAGAAUGUCAACACCAAUGGUGUUUAUGUCUCCUUGGGAAGGUCGGUUUUUGCAUUAGUGAGAGUAUCUGAUUUGAGCGAUUCGUAUUUGAAGGAUUGGAAGAAAUUCUUCAAGCCAAAUCAACCAGUUACUGGUAAAAUUGUCAGUUGUAAAGAAGAAGGACGGAUUUUAAUGACUUUGAAAGAAAGCGAGGUUAAUGGAGAAUUGAAAACGAUGAAGAGAUUUGAGGAUUUGUCAGUGGGUGAUAUUUUCGAAGGUCAUGUCACAAAGACGACGGACUUUGGUGUGUUUGUGAAGUUGGAUGGAACUGUCAAUGUUAGUGGAUUGUGUCACCACUCGGAAAUAUCAGAGAAUGACGUCAAGAAUGUGAUGGCGUUAUUUGGAGAGGGAGAUCGUGUUAAAGUGAAGAUUUUGAAGAUUGAUCCAGCAAAGAAGCAAUUAUCUUUGGGAAUGAAGGCUUCUUAUUUCGAUGAUAAACUUGAAAAAGGGGAUGUUGAAAUGGAGAAUGCAGAGGAAAUUGACGACGAUGAGGAUGAUGAUGAACAAGAAGAAGAAGAAGAUAGUGGAGAGAGUGAAAAUGACGAUGUAAUUGUCGAUGCUGAGGAUGAUAACGAUGAUGACGAUGAUGAGAACGACGAGGAAGAGGACGAAGAGGACGAAGAAGACGAGUCUACAAACUCCCAAACUAAUGCAUUAUCCACCAAUGGUUUCGAUUGGACAGCAUCCAUUCUCGAUCAAACCGAAGAUCAAGACUCUUCAUCGGAAGACGAAGACUUCAUGAGUAGUAGUGGAAAGAAGAAAGCACGCAAGCAGCAGCAAAAGCAAAAGAAAGUGGAGGAUAAAACCAUUGAUUUAAACACUCGUGCGCCACAGUCAGUUUCUGAUUUUGAAAGAUUGUUGAUUGGUAAUCCCAACAGUUCUAUCUUGUGGAUGAAUUAUAUGUCAUUUAAUUUGCAAUUGAGUGAGGUUGACAAGGCAAGACAAAUUGGUGAGCGUGCUUUGGAAACCAUCAAUUAUCGUGAAGAACAAGAGAAGUUGAAUAUUUGGAUUGCUUUAUUGAACUUGGAAAAUACAUUUGGUAGUGAUGAGAGUUUGAAUGCUGUUUUCAAGAAAGCGUGUCAGUACAUGGAUUCAUUUACAAUUCAUCAGAAAUUGGCAAGUAUAUUGAUUAUGAGUGAAAAGUAUGAUGAAGCACGUGAGUUGUUCAAAUCUAUGGGCAAGAAAUUUGGUCAAAAUGUUACAACGUGGAUCCUGUACGGAUCAUUUUUAUUGGACCAUCAAGGUUCGAGUACUGAGGCUCGUCAGGUGUUGGCGAAAGCUUUACAAGUGUUGCCUAAACGAGACCAUAUUGAAGUUGUACGAAAGUUUGCUCAAUUGGAAUAUGCCAAGGGAGAUGUGGAGCAAGCAAGGUCGUUAUUUGAAGGGUUGAUUGCUGACGCACCGAAGCGAAUUGAUUUGUGGAAUGUGUACAUUGAUCAGGAAAUUAAGCAUGGUAACCACGACGGUGAGAGAGAAGAAGGUGUUGAUGAUAAUCAGCAACAUAUUGAGAGUUUGUUUGAGAGAGUGAUUGAGAAUAAAAAAGUGUCACGCAAGCAAGCCAAAUUCUUUUUCAACAAGUGGUUGCAAUACGAAGAAGGGAAAGGUGAUGAAAAGAUGGUUGGCAAAGUCAAGGCUAAAGCAAUUGAGUAUGUGCGUGAAAACGAGCAGUGA